UUGUUGAUGAAGAAAAGAUGAAACAAAAGUCCAUCAAUGAUCAAAGGCUAGCUCAUGUGGCGACAGUCUGUGCAAAAUAUAAAGCCGAUGAAAAGUUCAGAAACAUGAAAAUGACUGGGGAGGUUAUAGCAACACCUGAUAAAUCUUUCAUCUAUUGUGAUAUACCAAAGGUAGGGUGCACUCACUGGAAGCAAAUAUUCCGAUAUAUGACCCAUGAUUAUGAGGGUAAUGUGGAUAGUCCAGAAGAAAUUCCAAGAAUUUACGCCCAUUUUGGACCUUGGAAUAAGACCAGUUUGAUCAAACUGGACAACAACUCAACGGUGAGUGAACUAAACAGUCGUGGGUUUAAAUUCAUGAUGUCACGUGAUCCAUAUGAACGGUUAUGGUCCGGAUAUUUGGAUAAAUUAUUCCUGCCAGAUUUCUGGUGGUGGUUAGGAACAAAGAUGGUCUCAGAAGUGCGCCCUGACUCAGACCAGCUUUCAAAGAAAUGUGGUCAUGACGUCACGUUCAGUGAAUUUUUAGAAUUCACUGCUAUCCAUUUACGUCAAGGAAAGCACGUGGACAUGCACUUUGAGCCAAUGCAUAGACGAUGUAAUCCUUGCCAGUUGAAUUUUCAUGUAAUCGGUAAACUUGAAACAUUUUCUCCAGAUUCAAAACUUAUUCUUGACAAAGUCAAAAUUAGACAUCGAUCAAAGAGGAGUGUUUCUACUGAUCGAUCAUUAGAAGAAAUCAAAAUGUUAACAAGGUAUAAUUUUGACAUACAGAAUCGGUUAACAUCAUUGGGUAAGAAAAAAGAAUGUUAUAAUCAAGUAGAAAUUGCAUACAGACUUUGGAAAACGUUUCAAUUUAACGGCUAUAUAGGUGAUGAGAUUGAAUUUCCCGAAGAGGAAAUAGCUAAUAUACAGGGAAGAGACCAAAUUAAAGAAGCCCUGUUGAAUAAAUUCAUAGCAAUAAGGAAGGAAGCAUCACGUGAUACUUUGAAGAAAUGGAAAAAGCAGAGGAAAGCAUACGUUGAAAAGGCGUAUGAAAAUAUACCAAGACAUAUUGUGGAAGCCAUCAGAGAUGAAUAUAUAAAAGAUUUUGAAUUAUUCCAAUAUGAAAUAGAACCGGACUAUAUUUUUCGACGAUGACCACUUAUCGUGAAGUGGUUUGAGUACUACGGACUGUGCAAAUUUAAGGUGAUCGCCUAAUUCUGAACUUAUGUUCAAAAGAGGUAUAGUUAUUUUGGAAAAUAUUAAGAAUUUGUGGAACGUGCUGGAUGAGUGCGUUAGUGAGAGAAUUAGCAAACUUUGAAUGAUGAAAAAAAUGACUUAUAAAUUAUCAUUUGUGUCUUUCUAAUAUUGGUAUUGGAUAUGACGGUUUGUGUUUAAAUGUUGUUUAUUUAUGUAAUAAAUGUACAUGGUAAAAUAAACAAAGCAUUCUUACGGAUGAAUGUCUGCAAUAAAUAAUUUUCCUGGCAGGUAUUUUCAUUAUAUUAUAAAUCUAUGUUUUUGGUUUGGGUUGUAUCGGAAAGUAAUAAAUUUAGCACUUGGCAUAUUACGAGUAUCUGAUUGUUUGUCCCUUGGUGAUGAGAGGAAAAAUUAUAUUUGUUAUAUUUUUAUGUUAACAAAGCUGUGACGGGGUUACGUUCUGUAGACGUCGCCUAUGCCUUGUUGAUCUUUGUAUUUAUUGUUUCUCUUACUUCGAUUUAAAGGCUUUCCAUGAAUGAAAUAAAAUGCGUGCUCUCUAAGUUUGUUAUUAUAUAGUUGUUUUACCAGUGUUAAAUGGACAAAAAGAUAUAUACUGUAAAAUACAUGUAUUUUAAAGUGACUUUUCAACUUGUACAUAAAGCCGCCGCCGAAAGUAAAACGACGCCAGCACGAUGCUCAACGUUAAGAAAGCGUUAUACUAGUAAUUGAAAUUGCCAAAAACAAUAUUCAAAGUUGGAUUCAUUUUCUGAUAAAUCAUUUGAUUAUUUGUACCAGUUAACAUCUGUAUUUUUUGUCAAUAAGAGAGAAACGA